AUGAAUUGUGGUUUACUUGCUUUUGACCUAUUGCUUCUUAAGGCACGAGCUGCUGAAAGGACUUUAGUGGAAGAGAAGAGAGAAACUUCAAACCUAAGACAAAAACUUGUUGAAGUUAAUGAUAAACUCAAAGAAAUCCAAAGAACUUCCCUAAUUAAAUCAACCCCUGGCCGCCCAGAUAGACAGAUCCCACCACCACAUAGAGGCACACUGAACCAUAACAACUGCUACGGCCCACCUCCUGUGAGUGGAGGUGACCCUUCCCACCCACCAAUGAUUGAGGGCCCUGGGCACCCUCCUUCUGCUCCUGUGGGUAGAAGAGAACCCUUCGGUCACAUGGAUGGUCAAUUUGGUCCAAGAAGACCCCCACCUGAAACUUCCACACGAUUUUCUGGCCCUGAACGUGGACUUCCACCUCCAUUCAGAGCAGAUGUUGGAGAAUGUGCCCCACCAUUGAUUUCUAGUGGCCCAAGGACUUCCUCGCCUAGCAUUCCAUUGGAUGACUCGGUAAGUCAGCGAGAUGGUUUGAUAACUAGUAAUACAACAUAA